AUGGCUCCCCAAGGGUCAGUUCAACAACAACAAGCGGAUGAUGAUGUCUUGUUGAAACCAAUCACUCCAUUCGAUCGGGAAUCUUACCAUGCACGCUUGUCAGAAGAUAAUGCCAGUAUGGUCCACUAUUUCAACAAUCUCAUCCAAGAACUGUAUGGCCUUGGUGAUUCAGUGCGAGAAUAUCUCUCGUCAUAUGUCAUUGCAAAGCAAAACGAGCUUAUUGAGCAAGUCGAGCAAGGAAUAUUGGAACUACAAGAAGCUGAACAAGCUCAAGAAAGGGUACGCCAGUCCAUGGUCACUUUUCUGGCUACUGUCAGCAAAGCAUUUGAAACGUUGACUCAACUGGAAGGGGAUUCAUAA